AACAUCUAACAACCCUACCUUUACUGCACAGCCGAUAUCGAUCACAGACAAACACAACACUGACCAGCGCAUAUGCGUUAAUUAAUCACUUUUACUGUUUACUUUUUUAAUAUAAACUGCGUUAAUUAAAUUAAAAAUUUGUGCAACAAGAACCAACUACGACGCGAAAACGAAGCUAAAAUCUCAUAACAGCUCCCAGCAGUCGUUAUAGUCGUGCACCGCCAAUCCGUUCUAGCACUCGAGGAAAUCUGUGAAGUGAACCUGAAGCAAGGCCUCUCCGCUCUGAAUCUUUGGCAAUCACAAAACACAAGUGUUUGUUGGAAUGCAUAUGUAAAUUCAUUCGAGGAGAGUAUCGGAGCGAGCGCAUAUAUAAUUUACAGUUUGGCCUUCCACUUUCCAACCACAACAACAAAGCAGCUACGACCAUACACACACACACACUCACUCACUCGCUCUCACACUCUCACACUCUCGCACUCACGAACGCACUAAUAGUCACACAGAGCAGAGUGAGAGAGAUAACCUGGUGUGAGGAAAUCACCGUCAUCACCUGUCCCCCAGCCCAGUCCAGAUUUUGAAUUGAAACAAGUAGAAAACGCACUGCGCGUACAGAACAGACAGCGGACCACCAUUGAAAUAUGGGGCUUUUACUCUCCCGCUUAUGGCGAAUGUUUGGGAACGAGGAACACAAACUGGUGAUGGUGGGCCUCGACAAUGCGGGAAAGACGACCAUCCUGUACCAGUUCCUAAUGAACGAGGUGGUCCACACGAGUCCCACCAUCGGAUCCAAUGUGGAGGAGGUUGUGUGGAGAAACAUACACUUUCUGGUGUGGGACCUCGGCGGGCAGCAGAGUUUAAGGGCCGCCUGGAGCACAUACUACACAAACACAGAGCUGGUGAUCAUGGUCAUAGACUCAACGGACCGGGAGCGGCUGGCGGUGACUCGAGAAGAGCUGUAUCGCAUGCUCCAGCAUGAGGACCUGAGCAAGGCCAGCCUUCUGGUCUAUGCCAAUAAGCAGGAUCUGAAGGGAUCGAUGUCGGCGGCCGAAAUCUCACGGCAACUGGACCUGACCUCCAUCAAGAAGCACCAGUGGCACAUCCAGGCGUGUUGUGCGCUUACUGGGGAGGGCUUGUAUCAGGGUCUGGAGUGGAUCGUUCAGCGCAUCAAGAACAAAUGACAGGCCACUGUAGCGUACGACCAUAGCUAAUAAUUGUAGAAGGGUAAUCCAAUUUUUUUGUAAAUGUAAAGCCACAUAAUACUGAGAAAAGGGUGUAACAGACUUUAAGCGUUUCGCCGAUUGUUUAAAAAGUUGUUGCCAAGCCAAUUUUAUUAAGUGUAUAAAAUAACGACCCCUCAAUGAUGAAAAUUUACGAGUGUACGAGUAUGAUAAUGAUAAUGUCUAAGAUCUAAGCCAAUUAACUACUUCCAAUAAAAUUACAAAAAAGAGUUUAUUUCGAAA